CCAGAGUGACGUCACUUCCUGUAUUGUAAAUAUGGCGGAUAAACGAAUGAAAAUGUCUUGCGGGUUUUGAAGCUUAUUAAAGUUAUUUUAUGUGGUUACAUUGCAGCUGACAAGAGAACAUACCAGGGCACACCAAAGGUUUCCACUAUGAGCAGCAGGAGGAAACGCGCGCCGCCGGUGCGCGUGGACGAGGAGGCCAAAAGGAGACUCGACUGGAAUAUGCUUGAAGAUCGGAGGACUGAAGGAGAUCUUGAAGACAUUCAGGAGUCAUUCCCAGCACCAUCUGACAGCUGUCUGGUUGGACCAGUGCUUGAGAGCAGCCUGGGUGAGGGAGACCAGUUUUUUAUAUCUUCUGCAGAAGGGCCAUCAGAACAGGAACCAAGUUCCUCCACACAGAACUCUGUUCUAGAUACCAUAGAACUGAAUGUGAUGCCUCUGUCUGCUCUGGAUCAGGAGUGGAAUGUGCUAAUUGGAGAGUUUACCUUGUAUGCAAAGAUUCCAAUUGAGCUUGGAGAUGAUGUCUUGUGCCUCCAGCAAACAGGUGACAGACUGAGUUUGAGUUUGAAUUGUAAUGAGCUGGGUGAUAAGAUCAGCGGGGAUCCACUCAGCCCUGUGCCAGUUGAUUGUUCCUUUGGUGGAUUGCUGUUGGAGGAUCUGGAUUGGCUACAGAAGAGGAAGAUUAUUAAACUGCACCACAUGGCAGGAGAUGGAUCUUUGAAGCUGAAAAUUUUUCUUCUUGAGCUGGGACUGGGCAGACCUGAGUUUCUCAGUGAAGGAAAUGGACGCAUUAAAAAAGCCAGUCAACUUUUGCAGAAAUUAAUGGAAUUGUUCUACGACUUCAUCAUCCCUGAGGUGAUGGAGAAUGAAGAGGAGGAGUGUGACACUGAUCUGGAGCGUCAGAACAUUGAGGAGCUGUAUGAUUAUGUCAGGCACCGCCACCAGACAGAGGCAGCGGGGCAGAGCUUUGAUGUCCAGCAUCCAGGACUCAUUCCAGUGCUGAGACCCUAUCAGAGCCAGGCGGUCAACUGGAUGCUGAGUAGAGAGAAGUAUAAAAGCAUUAGCUCCAAAGAGCAACGGUUGCAUUUUCUUUGGAGAGAAGUGGUCACAAUCUGUGGCAAAAAACUCUUUUACAAUCCUUACACUGGAUGCUUGAUCCGAGAGUUUCCCCUGGCUGGAAUGGACUGGCCUGGGGGAAUCCUUGCUGAUGAGAUGGGGCUUGGGAAAACCGUGGAAGUACUAGCCCUUAUUCUAUGUAAUACCCGGCAAAACCUGGAACAUGGGGCUCUCACUUUACCUAUGGGACGAUCUGUAAAUUAUUUUGUCCCUCCACCUCCAUUAGAGAGACAAAGAACAAUUAAACAUGAGGUGAGACCCAAGGAGAAGAUCACCUAUCCAGCUGUUCGUGAGAUGCUGUUGACUGCGAUUAAAGAAAUGAAGGUUGGGAAAGGUGCUUCAGUCAAUGCAAUUUUUACUUAUUUAAGAACCAUGUACAAGUACGACACCCUGAAGAACCGGAACCACAUAAAAAAAAUCCUAACCAAGCUAAUUAGUGAGAACAUUGUGGAGCAGAUCAAAGGGCGAGGGUUAGCAGGAUCCUUCAAACUGGGGAAGAACUACAAAGAAAAGAAGAGACCUGCAACUCUUCGAACUAAGUCAGUUGAGAACGUCACUCCCAGGAGAACAUCUCGUCGUGUUUCUGUUCAGGAGAAAGAGAUAUCAAUGACCUCCUACACCACAGCAUCAGAUUCUGAAGAUACAGUAGGCAGUGUGGAACCGCCUCUCCUCACAGAGGAACUAAAGUGUGAACCAGAUUCCCUUCUGGAGCCUGUGAAACCCAGUGUCCAGAGCAGCACUUACUCUGAGCAUCCACAGCUCAAGACGCCAGUAGACAUCACUGAUGAAGAUGAGCCCAGUCAAGGAACAACAGAAGACAGUGGAAAUCUCCAUAUUGAGAGUACAGAAUCAGAACUUUUCCAAAGUGCUCAACCAGAACCAAAAACCCCAACCAGAGCAUCUGUCGUCCCAUUCAAUACACCGGAUUACCGCUUCGAGUGCAUCUGUGGAGAGCUCGGUCUCGUGGACUAUAAGGCUCGGGUCCAGUGCCUGAACUGUCUGCUCUGGCAGCACGCUGAGUGUGUUAAUUACAAAGAGGAGAACCUGGAAACGACUCCGUUCUAUUGCCCUCACUGCCUGGUGGCCAUGACACCUGUGUCUACUGGUGCCACUCUGAUCAUCUCUCCCAGCUCCAUUUGCCACCAGUGGGUGGAUGAAAUUAACCGGCACAUUCACACAUCCUCCCUCAGAGUGCUGGUGUAUCAGGGUGUGAAGAGACACGGUUUUAUUCAGCCUCACAUUCUGGCCGAGCAAGAUGUGGUCAUCACCACUUAUGACGUGUUGCGCACUGAACUCAAUUACGUCGACAUCCCCCACAGCAAUAGCAAAGAUGGCCGACGAUUCCGCAACCAGAAGCGCUACAUGGCCAUACCGAGCCCUCUAGUGGCUGUGGAGUGGUGGCGCGUUUGUUUGGAUGAAGCUCAGAUGGUGGAGUGCACCACAGCCAAGGCUGCAGAAAUGGCUUUGCGUCUCACAUCUGUUAAUCGUUGGUGUGUCAGUGGAACACCUGUGCAGAGAGGUUUGGAAGAUUUGUAUGGUCUUGUCCUGUUCUUGGGUGUUGAUCCUUACUGGGUUAAGUAUUGGUGGGACCAGUUACUCUAUCGCCCGUACCGCCAUGGCAAUACGGGACCGCUGUACAGUGUCAUUGGUCAACUACUGUGGCGAUCUGCCAAAAAAGAUGUCAUUGAUCAGAUCCAAAUUCCCCCUCAAGCAGAAGAGAUCCACUGGCUCAACUUCUCCCCAGUAGAAGGACACUUUUACCAUCGCCAGCAUGAGGUUUGCUCCCAGGAUGCUCUUCUCAAGCUAAGGAAGAUCUCUGAUUGGUCGCUGAAGCUGGGCAGUUUGGACAGACGCACUGUCACCACUAUACUAUACCCGCUUCUGCGACUACGCCAGGCCUGCUGCCAUCCGCAAGCCGUCAGGGGAGAAUUCCUGCCUUUCCAGAAAAGCACAAUGACUAUGGAGGAGUUAUUGAAGUCCCUGCAGAAGAAGUGUCGUGUGGAGUGUGAAGAGGCUCACAGGCAGCUGGUGUGUGCUCUUAAUGGUCUGGCUGGAAUCCAUAUCAUCAGAGGCGAGUUUGUAGAUGCAGCAGAGAUGUACAGAGAAGUGUUACGAUCAUCUGAAGAACAUAAAGCAAGACUGAAAACUGAUUCCCUUCAGAGGCUUCACGCUACCCACAAUCUGAUGGAACUUCUAAAUGCUAAGCAUCCCGGGAUACCUCCAACCCUGAGAGAUGACAGUCUAAAAGAAGAGGCUGAACAGCUAAAGCAACAUUACAUGGCCAAGGUGAACUCAGAGGUUUCUGAAGCACAUCAGAACCUACAACCUGUUCUUCUACACAUUAAAGAGCUAAAACGCAAGGUAAACCUUCGCUCCCCCUGGUGGCUGGACGUCAUACAGCAGGCGAUGCAGUACUCCAUGGACGAUGACCUCAUCAGCCGCAUCCAAAAUGAGCUGACCUGCAGUUAUAAACAACAAGCCAACAAGCUCUCAUUAGCAGACAAGUUUCGAGAUGCCCGUGGGCUUCAGUUUCUGCUCAGCACUCAAAUGGAUGAUUUGAUGAAAUCGCAGAAAACUGUCCAGGAUGCUGUUAAGAAGCUAGAGGGGCCACCGUCACAACAAGUCAUCGAGGAGACGACACUUUGCCACCUGCGGCCCGUUCGUAUGCCACUGAACAACUGUGUAUUUUGCAAAGCGGACGAACUUUUUACAGACUACGAGUCAAAACUAUUCUCUCACACGGUGAAGGGGCAGACGGCCUUCUUCGAGGAGAUGAUUGAAGAUGAGGAUGGGCUGGUUGAUGACAGACUCCCCACGACUAGUCGAGGUCUCUGGGCUGCCAGCGAGACAGAACGAGCCCUUAAAGCCACCCUGUCCUUCGCCAAGAUCCGGCGCAUGGAGUCUGGCCUCAUAGAGGAGGGAAACACUUUUAUGGAGCUCUUCGAGUCCUGGAAAAAAGAAUAUAAGCUGCUGCAUGAGUACUGGAUGUCGCUACGAGAUCAUGUGUCAGCCAUCGAUGAACUGGGCAUGGCCACAGAAAGGAUGCGUGUACGAUUACCUGAUGAACCAAAACCAAAAGUUCUGCAUAUCAUAGAACCACACGAGGUGGAACAGAACCGAAUAAAGCUCUUGAAUGAUAGGGCAGUGGCCAAAUCACAACUACAGAAGAAACUUGGCCAGUUUCUCUAUCUCACCAAUCUGGAGAAGUCACAGGACAUGUCCACAGGCGAUCUGAAUCCAGAACCAUGCCCUAUCUGCGCUCGCCCACUGGGUCAGGAGUGGGCCGUACUGACAUGUGGACACUGUUUCUGUAACGAGUGUAUUUCCAUCAUCGUGGAGCAGUACAGUGUCGGUAAUCGACGUAGGGCUAUAAAGUGCGCCAUAUGCCGACAAACCACAUCACAUUCAGAGAUCUCGUAUGUCUUCACCACUCAGAGCGCAAACCAGGGAGAGGACAUUCCUGUGAAGGGUAGCCACUCCACGAAGGUCGAAGCAGUGGUUCGGGUCCUAAAGAAAAUCCAGAUGACCGACCCGGGAGCCAAGUCUCUUGUGUUCUCCACGUGGCAGGGAGUCCUGGACAUCAUUGCAAAAGCCCUUUUUGACAAUAACAUGGAGUUUGCACAGAUCAACGGCAUUCACAAAUUUCAGGAGAACCUGAGUGCUUUCAAAUAUGAAGAGAAGAUCAACAUCCUACUGCUGCCACUGCAUACGGGUUCAAACGGCCUGAACAUCAUUGAAGCUACACAUGUGCUGCUGGUGGAGCCCAUUCUAAACCCCGCCCAUGAGCUUCAAGCCAUUGGAAGAGUGCACCGGAUUGGCCAGACCAAACCCACAUUUGUUCAUCGGUUUCUGAUAAAGUCCACCAUUGAGGAGCGGAUGCAAGCCAUGCUAAAAACAGCAGAAAAAAGUCACAGCUCCACACCCAUGAAGCAUUCAGAGGCCUCUGUGUUUACAGUAGCAGACCUGGCUGAGCUGUUCACUGAAGAUGGCGAGGCUCUUGAGUAAACUCUGAUACUACACACACAACUAAACCUGUCAGUCUAAAGGCCAGUGAUGGUGAACACUACAAUAAUACCAGCCGCUACACUCUAGCACUCUUAUAUGUUUGCUUUAUACAUUCCCCUUUUUACAGUAUAUGAUCUAUUCCAUGGUGCAAUUUAUACAUUAUACUAAAUGUGGAAAAGAAAAUUAAUGUACCAAAAAACAGUGCUGUAUCCAUGUUUAUCUAGAAUGUUUCAUUGAUUUGUUUACCAGUCUGUGUAAUUUUUAUUAAUACCUUUUAUGAGCAUAAAAAAUGAUGUUUUAAUGGUUAAAUGAGCUGUCUGUAAAAAUCUGAAUACUUUUCUAUUAUUGUACGUGCUGUAUAUUGGAUUGGUUUUAAUUUUAACACCCUGCCAGGAUCGCCGAGUGAUCCGUCUGCUUUUCUCUUGUCUGUCUCCGUGAAUUCCCUCACCUUGUGUGUUUUGUUUUCGUUUUGACAGGUGCCACAUGACGGCCCUCGCAGCUGAUUCACUCAGGUCUGAUUAUCGCGGCCGCUUGUUUAUCAGCUGCACCUGUCUCUUCUUACCCUUUUGAUUUCUCUCCCUACUUUAGCUCCCCUUUGUUUGAUGUCGAAUUGUCUUUUGUUGUUUGCCUUGCUCAGUUGACCAUUUUUUUUUUACUUUGUCAUUCGUGUGUUUUGUCAGUUGUGUUUUUGUCUUUGUUCUCAGACCCUGUUUGAGCUUCUCUUUGUUUCACGACACUAGUCGUUAAUUGGACUGCCUCCUGAACUGGCCAAGUUCCUGAUUUCGGAUUUCGCAUGGAACUCUUUAUUUUUUGGACUCUGUGCUCCACUGCCGACCAGCAUCCUACAGUGAUAUUAUUCUGUUUUUUUCAUUAUUAUAAUUCUGUUCCCCUGAACCUCGGUUUUUCAUUAAAGACUUAUUAUUCAGUCACCUCUGCUUUUGAGUCUUCUGAUAUCCUGACAGAACAAUUCGACCAUAAUGGUCUCAGCGGAGGAAUUGUCAGUGAAUUUGGCAGUGGAGCUUCAAGGUGCUUUAUGGGGCGGCAUGAGGAACAGAUAGCUGGAGCCAGACAAGCUGUGGAUGCAUUGACCUCUCGGAUCACCAACCAGCUCCACAGUCUCCGGUUGGACCGGGACUCAGUUCUAUCCAUUGCUGCCGCUACCAUCACCACGGCCGCCCCUGCGACCGCUCCUCCUCCCUCUGCACCCGAACUGUGAGUUAAUCCUCCCCCCUGUUAUGCUGGUGAGCCCUCUGCAUGUCGUUCAUUUCUUACUCAAUGCUCUGUGGUAUUUUCGCUUCAGCCUGUCACUUUCUCUUCGGAGAGUGCUAAUGUUGCUUAUGUCAAAACCUUGCUGGAUGGGCGGGCUCGCCAGUGGCCUACCACAGAUUCCUUUCAUCUCUUCCUAUGAGAAAUUCUCUGCUGAGAUGCUUAAGGUUUUUGACAGGCCUGUGUAUGGCAGGGAAGCAGCUCUCCAUCUUGCAGCCCUUCGUCAAGGGGAGUGGUCAGUAGUGGAAUUCUCCAUCGAGUUCCGCACCCUGGCGGCGGCUAUCAGCUGGAACAUGACAGCUCAGGUGGAUAUGUUUUUGCAUGGGCUGGCAGAGGACGUGAAGGAUGAGAUGUUCGCUCAUGAUCUUCCCACUCAAUUCGAUGAUCUGGUGGAUAUGAUGAUCAGAGUGGACCAUCGACUAUCUCUUUGCCAUCAUCAUCGCUUGACUAACCCAUCCUGGAGAACAUCACUCCAUCCAGAGUCCUCUCUUUCUGAUCCAUCACCUGCCCUGUAAAAGCCAAAGCUCACCAGUAGUUUGGGGAAUACUGGCAAGCGCUACACCUCUCUCCAAUUCCACUGGCACUCGUACUCUCCUCCAUGCAAUCCUGCGGUGGGUAGACACUACAUGAGUGUUCCAUCCUGAUCGAUUCCUGGGCUGAGGGCAAUUUCCUUGAUGCUGAGCUGGUGACCAAGUGGAACCUCCGCAUACAAGAUCUCUUGGUUCCCUUGAUGGCCAGCACACUCAACGGCCAGUCACUCACCAAGAUUACUGCUCUGGUGAGUUUGACUAUCUCUGGAAACCACUGCAAGGAGAUGGCCUUUCUACUUAUGCACUCACCGUUUGUUCCCAUUAUCCUGGGCCAUCCUUGGUUGUCCAAACACAACCCACACAUUGACUGGUCUCAGAAUUUGUUCAGUCAGUGGAACUACUUUUGUUUAUCCAACUGUCUUGGUUCUGCCUCUUCUCCAGUCUCUUCUUUCUUUGUGUUACAGGAGGAAGUGGGGAAUCUCUCUGGAGUGUCGACAGAUUACCACGAUUUGCGGGCGGUGUUUAGUCGAUCCCGGGCCACCUCCUUGCCUCCUCAUCAACCCGAUGACUGUGCCAUUGACAUCCUCCCAGGCACUUCUCCUUUUCGGGGAUGGCUGUACUCCUUUUCCGCCCCUGAGAGGGAGGCUAUGGAUAAGUACCUCAGGGAGUCUUUGGCUGCGGCCUCAUCAGUUCCUCAUCGUCGGCUGGCGCAGGAUUAUUUUUCAUGAAGGAUGGCUCCUUGUGUCCCUGCAUUGAUUAUCGGGGGAUGAAUGACAUAACCUUCAAGAAUAGGUACCCCCUGCCUCAUGUCUUCAGCCUUCAAGAUCUUGCAGGGGGCUUGGUUCUUCACAAAAUUGGACCUUUGCAAUGUCUAUCAUUUGGUCCGGAUCAGGCAGGGGGAUGAGUGGAAGACGGCGUUCAACACUUCCACAGAGCAUUUCGAAUAUCAGGUUAUGCCCUUCCGAUUAACUAAUGGCCCCGCCGUCUUCCAGGCACUUGUCAAUGACGUGCUUAGAGACAUGCUGGAUAAGUUUGUCUGUGUACCUGGAUGAUAUUCUUAUCUUUUCCUCUCCCAUCCAGACACACACCCGGCACGUCCGACAAGUGUUGCAGAGGUUGUUAGAGAAUCUGCUGUUUGUCAAGAUGGAGAAGUGUGCCUUCCACUUCCAGUCAGUUCCGUUCCUGGGGUUUGUUAUCUCGGCGGUGGAAAUUCGCAUGGAUCCAUCCAAGGUAAGGGCUGUCUCCAACUGGCUGGUGCCCGACUCCCGCAAAGCCUCUUCAGCAGUUUUGGGUUUCACUAAUUUCUAUAGAAGGUUUAUUAGAAAUUACAGUCGGGUAGCCAUGGCACUGACUGCGCUCACCUCCACAAAGAAGAAUUUUCUGUGGUCCAUGGCGGCACAGGCCACUUUUUCUUCGGGCGCUUUGAUUUUUACCCUCUCCUACCAUCCCGGCUCUUAAAAUCUCAAGCCGGUUGCUCUUUCACGUCAGUCUGCUGUCAUAGACGAGGGCUCCCUGCCUGACGACAUCCUGUCUUCGGAUGUCGUGGUGGGGGCCAUCGUCUGGGGCAUCGAGUGGCGCGCUAGGAAGGCUCUUGCCAGGGUCGAGGUGCCCGAGGGUGCCCAGACGGUCUGCUGUUUGUUCCUGACUCAGUUCAGACUGCCGCUCUCCAGUGGGGUCAAGUUGACAUGUCACCCAGGAGUCAGGAGGACGCUGGCUGCUGUUCGCCAGCAGUUUUGGUGGCCUGCCAUGGUGGAGGACAUCUGUCAGUUCUUGGGGGAUUGUUUGGUCUGUGCUCGUAAUAAACCUGGCAACAAGCAACCCAUUGGUCUGCUCCAAUCUCUUCCCAUUCCCUCCCACCCUGGUCCCUUAUUGCACUGGAUUGUGUUACGGAAUUACCCCUGUCCAGUGGCAAUAUGGAAAU